CUCGCUGCACUUGCACUCGCGGAGUCGCGCCUCGACGGGGCCGCGGGCGGCUGACCGCGCUCCGCGGCCGUGCGGACUCAGUCCGCGGCCACUCUCCGCUAGGGCAACACCGGCGGUAACGGCGUCGGAUGUGUGGCGCGGCGUCUCCGGGUGCGGUGACUUGUUGCGGGCGGGCGGCGGUGCGCGGCACGUGGCGCGUGUGCGGGUGGGUGUGUGCGCACGUGGCGGCGCGGCGGCCGCACGGGGCGCACAGUGCCGCGGCGGCGGGCGUCGAGCGCAGAGCGCCGCACGCGCCGGCAUGCGACGCUAGCGGGAGCAUGCGGCUGCCGCUGCUGCCGCUGCUCGUGCUGCCGCUCGUGCUUGCGCGCCCGGCAGCAGCCGGGAUUUGCUGGACGGGGAUGGACCGCGGCGGGCGGUGCAGCUCGGUGGCGUCGCUGCGUGUCGGCCGCGCCGAGUGCUGCGCGGGCGCAUCGCGAUCCCCAGCCGCUUGGAGUCCCAGGGACCUCGACAGCGGCGAGAUCUUCUUCUACAAGGCACUAUCUGGAGGUGUGCCGUGUACAGCGUGUGCAGAGUCAUGCGCGGGCGUGUCAUGCGGCGCCGGGCGGAGGUGCGUGGUGCGCGGCGGGCGGGCGCGCUGCGUGUGCGCAGCGGCUUGCCGGCGAGUCGGCGCCGUGUGCGGCAGCGACGGCAAGACCUAUGUGUCGCUGUGCAGGCUGCGCCGCCGCGCAUGUCGCCGCCCCGCCAAGCAUCUUGUGCUCGACUACCCGGGGCCGUGUCAAGACACGUGCGAGGGCGUGCGGUGCGGCGGCGACAAGCGAUGCAUCUUGGACGCGGAGUUCGGCGCGCACUGUGUGCGGUGCGGCGCGUGCAGCGUGGCGGGCACGCCCGUGUGCGCCGUCGACGGGAACACCUACGCCGGCGCCUGCGCACUGCGCCGCGCUGCCUGCGAGCGCGGUCGCGCACUCCCCCUCGCGUAUAAGGGCCGUUGCAUCGCGAACGCGACAUGCGCGCGCAUCAAAUGCGGCGCGAGCCAGCGGUGCGUGUCGGGCGGCGCGAGCGGCGCGCGGUGCGUGUCGUGCGGCGCGUGCGGCGCGAGCGCGCGGCGCCCGCUGUGCGGCUCCGACUCGCGCACCUACCCCUCCUGGUGCCGGCUGCAGCGCGCCGCCUGCCACGCAGGACGCGUCGUCGAUCCGCUACACCCUGGCCCGUGCAAAGGCAGCCAAAACGUGACGGACAAUAGUGUGACCGAUGCAAGAAGUGUAAGCGCAGUGGAUACCACGCGCAUCCUAUAGUCAUAGACUCUUCUAGUUUUAGCGUACAAGCUUCGUAGUGUAUGUGAAGCCGACGAGAAGACGGACUGUUGCGCCUGCGCACACGUUCGGAGUUGAGCCAAAACAUCCUGCAGUAAUCCACGUGUCACCAGCUGCAACUAAUUCACCGCAAUAAUGAGGAUUAAAACCACAUCUCGUGUGAAACCAACUAGGUUUGGCUGCAGGCCAAUAGGUACGAUUCGUUCUGAAAUCGAUCGAUGUCACUCGCGAACUCGAUCAUACGUUUGGACAUCUGUUAUUAGAAUUCUAUUUAGUAUCCCUCGGGUCGGUUUUUCGAGUCAUUUACGUGCCAGGUUUAAAAUUCAAAAACGUAGAUCUUAGGUUUUAGACAAAUCUAUGGAACCUGACGCACCAUUUCGAACUUUGUAGAUAAAUAAUUUUAUUAUAGUUUUAAUAACACUUACAUUAUUAAAUUUGAGCACCAAAUCGUACUUAAUAUUUAGUGAAAAUAUUAAACAUAGGGUCUGUAGUUAGCACAAUAUUUGGAACUAUAAUAGGUAUUCGUAUUCUAAAGUAAUUGAAUUCUUCCGUCUUGUUGUACUCGUACGUCAUACGUCAUCAUUGAACGAAGCUCUUUAUUAGGAUGAAAUGAUGUAACACUUUCAUCGGACUGACAUAUUGUUCUUAAAUUUUAAUUAACUUUUAGUACUUUAAGACUUAAAUAACUUUACUUCACGUAAUGUAGUUAACGCUUAAUGCAAUAUUUAUUACUAAGUUAUGAAGUUUAGUGCAAUAAUUUUAUUGAAAUUUGUAUGAAAUUUAUGUUAUAUGUUUUGUUUUGUUUAUUUUUUUAAUGUGGAUCGCGUAUUGUGGGCACCGUCAAAAUGUUAUUCGGGCACGUUUGGGAUGUUGUAAAAUACAUUUUCAGUAUUAUGUGUAUGUAAGAUUUUAGAAUAUCAUUUAUUUUCGAAAAAUUUUACAUUGAAAAUUAAGUGAUUUUUUUAUAGACUGUAAAUAAAGAAAGUAAUUUAUUGUUACUUUUAAAUGAUUUCCAAAAUGUAUUCAAUAAUAUUUUUAUGUGAGUUUAUUCAUCUGCAUGUGAAUUCGCAAAAUGGUUUCAGAGUAAUGUGUGAUGUCACUGUAUUCUUAGUAAAUGAAUUUCUUGGCGUCCUUCUCAGCUUUAAAUAGUUUAAAAAUUCGAUUUUCGUAAUCCUCCAAUGACUCGGAAUGAUGCCAGCGUCGCGCAACGCGUUGCAGCUCACUUACCGCUACCAAUCUACUGCAACUAGGGUUGCCAACCAUUGCCCUACAUUUAAAAUAGAAUUUAAAAUUGAAACCAUGACAAAUUUAUUUUGGCCAAAAAGUUUCUGAAAAUGUAGUUUCGAUUUGGCUGUUCAGUCUCUAUAUCUUGUUUAAGGCAUUAUGAAUAGCUGUAAACACUUCGUUGUGCUGAGAAAUCCAAAGAUUUAGGUCAGUGGAAACAAAAACUAAAGAUUAGAAAUAUCGGUCGUGAAAUUGACUGAAGGUGUCAACUGUGUAUAUAUUUUUCCUUUGUGUUUAUUCUGGACGAAUUGUGUACUUACUUUUUAAAUUGUGAACGGAAGGAGUCGAUAACUCAUCUAUUGCCAAGGCUUCGCACUAGUUCUGCGUCGCACACAACUUACAACUGAAUUAUGCAAUUUCUAAUCCAUUUGUUUCAAAAGUUCUAGCAAUUAUACUUAACUAUAAAUACUUGUAUAGAACCUGAGAAACAUUAUACAACGUAAAGCUGUUUUCAAGUGUUGCCAGCAUAAAGAUCAAACGAUACAUUAUUAAGUUUUAUGUCAUAGCACAUGCGUUCCUUGACGAAUAAUAUUCAUAUUAUUCAUAUCGUAUUGCAAAAAUCGAUUUUAAAAAUCGAUAACAGAUUAUCGAUUUACAAAAACAAUAAAUUUAGAGUACCUUUGCGUGUGCGGCGCAGUAUGUUCUUUCACAUCUAAUGUCACAUUUACUAUGACAAUACAUCACUUAGUUGUUGUCAAUUACUUCCUAGUGCUAAUUGUUAACUGUAUCUGAUAAUAGUGCUAGAUUGUUGUAGUUGAACUCAUUGCAAACAUUAGAUGACUUAUAAUAUAUUGCCCUUGUUUCUUCAUAAAUAUUUUACACUGA